AACAUUAAAGAAGAUAUACAUAUUAGACCCUUAGAAAUAUCUCAACAAGAAAUCUUUAAUCAAUUUAUUGAAGAUAAUAAGGAUAUUUGUGCACUUAGUCAAACAAAAAUUGGUCAUACCACACUCUUUCAACAUCAAAUACCAACUGGAGAUUAUGAACCAAUUACAAGUCCUGUAUAUUAUUUAAAAGAUCCUGCUAAAUUAAAUUUUCUUUAA